AUGACAAACAACAAAUCUGACUCUACUACGAAAGAGAAGGAUACAAACUCAACGGAAGACAAGUCAAUCCGAGAACCAAUAUCUCAGGAAUUAGACAAUUCACCUCAGCACGAACCCACUUUCGAAAAAGCAAUACCUUACGAUAACACUGUUCUUGGAGAACAACCCUCAUCAAACAAUGACACUGUUUUUGGAGAACAAGACCUAUCAAGCGAUGACAAUGAUCUGGAAAAGUACCCAGAAGGAGGCCUUCAGGCUUGGUUGGUGGUUCUCGGAUCCUGGUGCGCCAUGACUGCAGGAAUGGGCCUUCUCAAUACCUUAGGCACGCUUCAUGCCUGGAUCAGCACUCAUCAACUGUCUUCUUACUCUUCUUCCUCUGUGGGUUGGAUAUUUUCAACAUUUCCAUUCUUUCUGUACUUUGCAGGUGUCCAGAUCGGUCCGUUGUUUGAUGUUUACGGCCCUAGGGUGCUAGUGAUGACCGGAAGUAUUGGACUAGUGGUGGCUUUGAUGACGCUCAGUGUGAGCACAGAGUACUACCAGAUCAUUUUGUCAUUUGGUGUUCUUGGUGGCUUGAGUACUUGUUGUCUUUUCACCACUGCUGUCUCCGCUAUUGGCCACUGGUUCCAUGCUAGAAGAGGCUUUGCAAUGGGCAUUGCAUGUACAGCUGGUGGAACGGGUGGUCUUGCCUUUUCCCUCAUCAUUCUCUUUCUCGCGCCUAAGAUUGGAUUCGGCUGGGCAAUUCGUAUCAUCGGUUUCAUCAGUGCAGCACUCUGUGCAGUUGCAUGUCUGUUCCUUCGCAGCCGGUUACCUCCUAACAAGACCAAGGGCGCUAAGAUCGAUAUCCUCGCGCUUAAAGAUCCGCCUUAUGCUGCUACGACUGUUGCUAUUUUCCUCGUCGAGUUUGCAGUCUUUAUUCCGUACACUUUCCUGGUUGAUCAAGCGCUGGAUGCAGGUAUGAAGCAGAAGUUGGCAUACGCCCUCAUCCCAAUCCUCAAUGCUGCUGCUAUACCUGGCCGCUUGCUGCCUGGUUACAUUGCCGACCGCUACGGACGCCUCAACACCAUGACCGUCACAGCAGUGAUUUGCUGUCUUUUGACGUUCCUCCUCUGGCUGAUCGGCUCCUCUUCUCACGCAGCCAUCAUUGCAUACACGGUGCUUUUUGGCUUCUGGUCUGGCGCAGCUAUUUCCUUGACUCCAGUUUGUAUUCAACAAGUUUGCAAGACCGAAGAUAUUGGAAAGAGGACGGGAACGACAUUUACGAUCAGCAGUUUUGGAACUCUGAUCGGUAUUCCUAUCGCUGGUGCUAUCUUGGGAACAGGGCCAAGGCAGGAUUACAAUGGGCUGAUUAUUCUUGCCGGGGCGUCAUAUGUAGCUGCAAGUGCAGCUUUUGUGGUUGCUAGAGGUUUGACUGGUGGGUGGGGGAUGAGGGUCAUUAUCUAG